AUGUAUUCAAAUUCGUCAUUUCUUUUCAAUACUGAAAACAUCAAUACACCAUCGUUUGGUGGGAAUGGAUUAUUUUUAUCAGAUGAUAUUACGAUAUAUAGUAUUUUAUAUCCUUUAUUUCAAAAAGUAUCUCAACGAAAUGUCCUAAAAAUAGGAAUCUUAGAUCUUAAUGAUUCAAUAUUUGAUAAAUCACCUUUUGAUGCAAUUAAAAAUCGAUUUGUUAAAAACUUGGAUCAAUAUAUUCAAUCAAUUAACAUAAAUCAAGAAAUAAGGGAUCGAAUUAUUGCAUUAUCAAGUAGUGAUUCAUUUGAAAAGAUCGAAAUAAUGUUGAAAAAAUUCUUUUCUAUGGAUUCAUUAUUUAACUUGUUUUAUGAUAACAAUAAAUAUAGAGUGACUGGUCAAAAGGCUCUCCGUGCUAAUAAAUAUAGGCGUAAUGAUUUAAAUGAUGCUGAUUCUAAUGUCAAAAAAGCCUUGAUCCCUGAUAUUAAAAUCGAAUUUCUGAGGAAGAACCUUGAAAUAGUAACUGUUGAACAAGCAAAAUCAGAAGACGUGAAAAAGGAGAAAAAUGAUACAACAAAAUUGUGCACUUGUUUACAUGACAUGAUUCGACAGGUUUAUAAUAUACUUCCUCAGUCUAUGAAAGGCUCUAUUCGAAAUAUCAAAGUAUUUGGUUUGAUAAUAUCUCGAGUUGAUGUGACUAUUUAUGAACUUGAAUUGCCUGAGCAACAAUUAUAUGUGUUCCGGGAAUUGUGUAGUUUUUCAUUACCAUUGACAUUUGCUGAUUUUCGAUCAAUGCUUGAAGUGACUAUGAAUUUCAUAAAAUUCAGGAAAUUGGUGGAUGAUAACUUGGAAAAAAUGGAAGCCGCGUUGGUCAUUGACUUGAAUAAAGCUAAAUCUUCACCAUUAUCCUCACAUGUUGACGAUGAGAAUACUAAUUUUUACAGAGAUACAACACCACCACCACAAUCAGGGAAAAAAUGGCUUGUGAAUAUUGAGAUAUCGCCUAGCUCUAAGAGUCUUAAAUCACCUAUUAUUAGGGAAAGUCUUAAAAGAUAUAAUGAUGAUAUUGGAUUGGAAGAUGCAGUUCAUACUUCAAUUUUAACAUUAAAAGAAGGAUUUGAAGGACAAAUGACUGAAAAUUCUAUUGAAAUUGGAAUUAUUGGUGGUGAUACAACAGGAUUUAUGGAAGGCAAGGAACAACCAUUAUUUAGAAAAUUGUCUCCUUCAGAAGUUAAAGAUUAUUUGGCUAAUAUAGCUUAA